AUGCGAAUAGAGGUUGCUCUUUUCAAAUCCCCAGCCUCACGCAUUGCCUGGCUCCUUCUCAAUCCUCUACUUUAUACACUGCGACCUUUCUUCAAGGCCCCUCGUCCGCUGAAUGUGUGGGAAAUCAUCAACGUUCUUACCCAGCUAGCCUUUGGAUACGCCGUUUGGCGAUGGCUGGGUCCCUAUGCUUUCAUGUACCUCUUCUUCAGUACAUUUUUCGGCUUCGGGCUCCAUCCAAUGGCUGCACAUGUGAUCAGUGAGCACUACCUGUUUGCCGACAAUCUGGCUACGCAUUCCUACUACGGUUCAAUGAACUUUCUGCUGUACAACCUGGGCUAUCACGUUGAACAUCACGAUUUCCCCUACGUGCCAUUCAGUAGGCUGCCGGAGUUGAAGAAACUCGCGCCGGAAUACUACGACCACCUGCCGUACCAUUCCUCCAUGUGCAAGGCAAGUUAA